AGUUGACUAAGCGGCAGGUGCGUAUCAGUCCCGUUUAAUUAGUAAUUGAUAUAUUACGAGGAGUUUCACUCUAUUAUAAUGUCAGAGGAUAGUGAUUUUAAAAUUUUGGAUUACUUGCAUAUGCAACUGAAGCCUGGAUGGACCAAAACGGGAAUAACUGAAUUUCUGAAUGAAGCAGAAAAGCGCGAAGUUUUAUACACAAGAGCCCGUAGAGAUGAUAUGGAGAAAGCAAUCGCUCAAUUUAGAAGUUCUGCUUUGAAUUUCAUCGCCAGACUACCGACUGAGAUACGAAGUAAACCUUACUUUGAUUGUAUCAACCAGUAUAAUGGGGCUAGAGGAGCAAAUUUACUUGACCAGUUGGUGUCUGAGGUAAAAAAGCGUAGUCGAAUAGAAUGGGAGGAUUCUGUAAAGAAUCGUACUGGAAAAAGACCAUGUAGAGGACAUACUACAAGUAAUUGUCGAAGUGACAAGACAUCUCAAGCAUCCACUAAUCCACAGUUGUCACAAUGGCCGUCUAUGCCAUUUAUUUCGGAAGAUGGAGAGUUAACAAAUAUUAAUGAUGUCGGUCAAGUUCCAACUCUAAAUUCUUCUCAGAUGAAAUCUGGUAGUAGAAAACGGUUACCAAUUGCUUCGACACCAAAAGUUACUGAACUUGAAGGAUUCAUCCCUCCAUCUACUACUUAUCGAGUAACUCGAUCACAUGCGAUCAAUAACCAAAGUUCACGUACAUAUAAAAUGAAUACAACUCGUGUAACUAACACUAAUAAAAAUCAUUAUACAACAACUGAUGAUACUUUAACCACUAUGGAUAAAACUUUACGACCUAAUUCUACACAAAAAUUAUCUAAAGAAAUGAGAGAUAAAUUAUUAUUGAAGAUUGAUCGUAACAAUAUACAGCUAUCAUUACAGGAAGCACAGCAUCUACGUAAUCUUAUUGUAAUACUUCAAGAUGCAUUGAACCGUUAUAUUCAAUUAAAAAGGAAAUGAAAAAGCAAGUCAAUGCUUGACGCAAACUUGUCUGUUUUAUAACUUUUUGCAAUCAAUAACUUGUCUAGAUUUCAU